CAGUCUGCGAAGGCAACACCCUAUCGCAGCAUCGCUAGACCUCUUCAGGUGUUUCUCCUGAGCCGCCGCGCACAGCCGAGCCAAUGGAGGGACUAUAACGCGGCGGCAUGGCGGACCGAGAGAACAGGAAAGGCACCCCGCCGGCUGGCCGCAACAUCCAGGUGAAGUCCCCGGCCGGCUUCAGGUUGACCCAUGACAUCAGCCUGGAUGAGUUUGAAGAUGACGACCUGUCGGAGAUUACAGAGAUCACAGACGAGUGCGGGAUGAGCCUCAACUGCAAUGGACCGGAUAUAAAGGGCCAUGUGAGGAGAGCGACCAAUAGCAUGUCAGGGAGGGCAGAGCUCGGCGCCGUUGGCCACCUCCAGGCAGAGAUGCUGCAUUUGGAACUCAUCGACGGCGCUGACGGUUACCGCGGUGAUAAAGAGUCCUCGAAGGCGUCCGCCAUCGCACCCCCGCCAGUCAUCAAAGACCCUGCAGCACCUGUUACCAUGGAUACCUACCGGCCCAAGAGACCAACGACCCUUAACCUCUUCCCGAUUGUGCCGCGCACACAGGACACGUUAAACAACAACUCCUUUGGGAAGAAAUACAGUUGGCAGGAGAAGGUUUCAGGCUCGUCCUCGCCUCUUAAAACAGGUGAGCUCACCCCUCCACGCGAGCACAGCUGCCUGAGCGACGAGGACAAGGUGCACGGCGGGGGAGCGCAGACCAAAGACCGCGGGACCUCCACCGACGCCCCCUGCAGACACAGCCAUACCUCUGGACACUCGCACGGCUCAUCUACGGCGGCCGCGACACGCUCCAAGCUUCAGGAGAAGCCACCCGCGCCGCCGCCACCACAGAACUACACACCAGCUCCUCUAUACCCAGCAGCGAAGGCGGAUGGAGGUGGGCACCACCGGGAGAGGAUCCGCUACCACACGGAUGUUCAUCUAGAGCCCACAGAGGAGAUCUAUCUCACUCCUGUGCAGCGUUCCGCCGACCCACUAGAACCCUCCAACGUGCAGGACCGGCCUUUCCUCUCGCAGCAGACUGAGCAGGGCCGCAUGUCCAUCAGCUCCGAUACAGAAGGCCCACCUCCGUACCAGCCCCUCCCAGACCGGACAAACCCCUCCAUCUACGAGGAGGAUGAGGUCUACGUCCCCCCACCUUCAUAUGCUUCCUGUGUAGAGUCCCUCAUCACACCACCCAGCAUGGCUCUGUCAGCUCGUUCUUCUUUAGCGCUUGACCUCAGCCUGAAGGGGGCAGGAACGGGGGCCGGGGUCAUGCUGAGAGGCGGGUCAUCGGUGGAGUACGUGGACGCCACAGAUGAAAGCUACUGUGGGGAGGAUGAGGACGUGGACAGGAUAAUAAUGGGCGGAAGGAUGAGGAUGGGGGGAGGAAAGGGGGACAGCGGUGGUGGCAAAGUCCCCGUAAGGACUUCCAUGAGCUCGGAGGCCAGCGGGCUUUCGUAUGACUCAGUCAAAUACACACUGGUGGUGGAUGAGCACGCUCAGCUCGAACUAGUCAGUCUCCGGCAGUGUUACCAAGGCUACAGUGAUGACAGCGACUCCGCCACUGUCUACGACAACUGCGUCUCUUCUCCGUACGAGUCGGCCAUCGGAGAGGAGUACGAGGAGGAAGAUGAGGAGGACGGGGACGGUACCCGGACAGGAGGCGUGAGGAGAGAGGCCACAGCUUGUCUAUCUGAAGACUCCACUCCAGAGGUCGACAUGCACUUCUCAAAGAAGUUCCUCAACGUCUUCAUGAAUGGACGCUCUAGCUCCUCCAGUCUUCAAGGUGCAGAGUCCUUUGGCUUAUACUCAUGUAUUAUAAAUGGAGAGGAGAAAGAUCAGAGCCACAGAGCCGUCUACAGGUUUGUCCCACGACAUGACGACGAGUUGGAGCUGGAGGUGGAUGAUCCACUGCUGGUGGAGGUCCAGUCCGAGGAUUACUGGUACGAGGGCUAUAACAUGCGAACCGGUGCCCGUGGGAUCUUCCCAGCUUACUACGCUAUAGAGGUGACCAAGGAUCCCGAAAGCUUCAAAGUAAAGAGCAGUGAGUGGAUGGACAGAUACCGGCUGAAGUUCCUGGGCUCGGUUCAAGUGCCCUUCCACAAAGGAAAUGACGUUCUGUGUGCAGCUAUGCAGAAGAUCGCCACCAACAGAAGGAUGACAGUCAAGUACAACCCACCUUCCUCCUGCAUCCUGGAGAUCAGCGUGAAAGGCAUCAAGCUUGCGGUUCAAGAGGAUUAUUAUGCCUGUGACAGAAGUAACGAGUGCAAUCACUUCUUCCAGUUAAAGAACGUCUCCUUCUGCGGCUAUCACCCCAAAAACAGCAAGUAUUUUGGUUUCAUUACGAAGCAUCCGGCAGACCAGAGAUUUGCCUGUCAUGUGUUCGUGUCUGAAAACUCCACCAAACCUCUUGCUGAGUCAGUAGGGAAAGCCUUCCAGCUGUACUAUAAAGAGUUUGUGGAGGUCUCAUGCCCUACAGAAGACAUCUACCUGGAAUAACCCUGCCCUGCCUUCAACCACAGCCCUGUAUAGUACACUGUAUCAUAACAUAAUGUUGCAUGAAGGACAGACAUAUCUAAAAUUAAAAAAAAAAUAAAAAAGUUAAAAAAUUAACACAUCUGACAGACAAGCAGGAAAAGAAGGAUCAAGGACUGGAACUGUGGUGAAAACUUUGUGCGUCAAAGAAGAGAUUGGAAUCAGCCAAAGGAGGAAAAUAUGCAAAAUGGAGUCAGUGAUGAGAUGAGGUGAUCACAGGCUGUCAUCAGAAAGCACAAACGUUGUAUCACCGCAGCCUUGGCACGGGGCUAGUGAGCCUGUAGCGUCGCCUCAGCGGGUUCAAAGAAGAAGGCCCGGGACCUGUAUUGAAACUGCACCAGCUUGUACUUGCACUUGACGAAACGAAAACAGCAGCGAGAUCUGGAAAUACUGGCUCUGACCUUAAAUACACAAGGGCAUGAGUGACGUGUAUUUUUACUAAACAAUACCCUCACACCCACAUGUACCAUGGAAUUGAGUGUUCCAGGAAGGAGUAGGACUUUUUAUUCUAGCACACUUGAUAGGAAUAUAAUAUCCACAUACACAAAAAAACAAAACACUGUUGUGCAACCAGCUACAAGUGAUGUGCUUUGCAUUUUAGGUUUGGUUUCCUUGUUGUCAACAGUUUUAUCAGCAAUUUGACAGCAGGAAAUGUACUGUAGGCAUGUGGAACAUCAACAGAAAAGGUGGAGCUCAGAGUGCAGUACAGUAGCUUAAUGCUGGCGUUUGCCACUGUGGGGCCACACCCAGUGGUUAGGAAGGGUGCAGUUGUAUGUAUUUCCGAGGAAAAGGCGGACUGUAUUCAACAAGUUGGGGUAGACCCAACCCUAAAAUGCACUUACCAUCACUUGUCCAUGAUUAAAAAAAGACAGUGUGAGGGUGUACGAGUGUGGAUUUCUUCCUUUUCAACUUUUUAGCAGCUUCAAUUAGGACUGUAGUGCGAAGCUAAACAGCCCCCCACCAUUUUCCCUAUAAAGCCUUAGUCCUUAACUCCUCGUCUAAUGCAAGACACACUGCGCUUCUUUACCGUGUGUUCUAGCUACGUAUGAAAUCAGUGAUGUUUAACACCAGGAAAACAACAAAAAAACAACAACAAACAUCAGACUUAGGCUCGCUGGUGGUACAAGACGAGGUCCGACAUACAGAAAUCUCCUUCGUGAUGUGUUCUAGAAACUUGUGGUUUCCUCAUCAGAAUUAUGAAAUGCUCUCAGUGUGGGCGGCGAUGAGAUCGUAAGGCUGAUCCUCAGUGCAGGUGCUGACAGGGGAGCUAAAAAGCAAAACUCUGGUGUCUUCAUAUCUUCACUAGUAGUGCCUCUUUUUCAUCGGAUCAUUGUGACCUUCCUCAAAGAAUCAUUGUGACAACAUUUUAAGGGAUUGCCAUUGAGUGUGUGUUUAAGAGUUUGAAUGCAAAUAUGAUGUAGGAGUAUGCUUGAUUAUUAUUUUUCUACUGCAUUAAAUGUGCUGUGCUGUACCUGUGCUGGCACAGGUCAUAUUUGCUACAGAGCAUGAAGGGUACAGUGAAAUUAUGAAAAAACACCCCCCUCUGACAAACAGCCACAUGCUAGAAAAGAAAGAGUUAUACGUCUCUUAUGUAAGCAGACAUUCUCCUGUUCCAGUUUAUGUGCUUUCAGCUUUAAAGGUCCCACAUUGUACAAAGUUAGAUAAAAAAAAAAUUAUUAUUAUGAAGCCAGUUUAGGUCCUAUAUAAA